UUUACAUUGCUAGGGACAGUUCAAACUGUGCGUCUUAUUGAUUCCGUGCUAGAGACGAUUACAUUCAGUUCUUGAUUUAACAGAGAGGACCGACAUAAUCCUAGCCAAACAUUUAUAACACCCACUAGCGUCAAUUUUCUGUUUUUUAAUUUUGUCUGUUUGAUUUCAAUCUACUUAUUAACUUCCCCGUCACAAUAGCGCUAUUCUCUCUGUCAAACAAAAUCCUGCAAAGGUGCAGAACUAGCGCGUAUCAAUCUUGAGUUAUCUUUUGACGGAAAAAAAUAUCUGGGUCAGAAAGCCCGACGUGAAGAAGGUAUGACACAACCGUUCUUGUCGCUUACUUUGUUAUUAAUAGCAGUCAUCUACUUUCGAAAUACUACUUGCGUUUGUUGACUUAAGUUUAUUGGUUACGACCUAAACAAACUACGAAACUGUCCUGGGUUACAGUGACAUGUUUCAUGUGCUUCGAUUGUGAUUUGAUUUGAUGACAAUUAAGAUUUGUAAUUAACUACACGACUAUCCUUGGGUAAUCUGUCAACGUGCAUGUACAUUCGAUGUGUCUGUUUGCACUGGAUCCAUUCUACUUCGUCGCUCGCGUUGAAAAGGUUUCGUUUUGGUCUGUGUAAAUUCCAUUAGCACCUCGAAUCACAACAUCGAUUUGCAUUUUGAUCAAAAGUGGCUUGAAAGACGAGAACAAACAGUUUUGCGACGCCAGACAGUCAGUGGAACCGCAAGGAUGGUAAAUGUACUGGUUUCGCUCUGCACGUUCGCUGUAAUUUCUUGUAUUUGCGAUAGCAACGCAGCAGAUAAGUUGCUUUACAAAGACGAUCCAUCUAUCCACAACCCGUACCGUCCGCCAGUGAAAGAUGAUCGUUCAGGAGCCUUUAACAUGACAGCGCGACAGGCACUGAAAGCCAUCGAAGAGGUGCACAACGGCACUGUCGACUGCACAACAAUGCUGGCCGAGAGAAGCUUGAAGCUUUUGUAUUUUAAAUACGAGAAUAGCGUCUACACCGCUCAAGCCAACCUCGCCAUUCGCACAGCAAAUUUAAUCUCCGAUCUGUUACCAACAGGCUCCGCUAAAACAUUGAAUAUUUCCGGGAAACCAGUGCUGAAGACGCACAGGGAAGUUCUUCACGCGAUUGUAAGGAACAACCUUGAAAAUGACCCGCUUAUUGUAGGUUCAGCGAUCAUUUUUGACAAUAACAGCUUUAUAAACAACUCGUUUUAUGCACCGUACGCCUACAGAAACGCAAAUGAUACUUUCAUUAAAGUCACAGAUCUGUCUGCCGGCUGGAGUUAUCUUCACGAAGCAUUUGUGAGGCUAAUGAAGUCUAAAUCACGCGGAAGGCCUUUUCCGGAGCGAACCACAUACUUCUAUGAACAAAAUGAUAUUUCUUCCGCACCGAAACGGCUAAAACUCACGCACAAGUUUGUGGAGUCUAUCGAUGGACUAUGGAGCCGUCCUUACUUCGAGUGCACCACAGCGAGAGCCUGGUUAAUAACGUACACUUCUCCUAUACUUGGCAACUGGGACAGUAAUGGAUCGAUCUCCUUCAUGGGCAUGACUACAAUUGAUAUCGCUCUUACGAAUGUCGACAUAAAUCAGUGUGACAAGGGCUCUGAGGGCAAGUUUCAGUUCGAAAUUUUCGCUGGUACCCAUCGAUGUAAAAAUGAAACCACUCAGUGCCUGCCUGUAACUGGACUCGGUUUCAGAGCCGGUUCCUACAAAUGCGUGUGUAGGCCUGGGUACUAUUUCCCGAACGUUACCUCUCACGCGAAAUAUUUCAACGGAUCUGAAAUCGAGGCCGCAGCCGUUGAGCCAAGUCACAGGUAUUACUCGAACCCAGACUCCUUUCAAUGCAUCAAGUGCCAGCCUGGCUGUGAUGCAUGUGUGGAUGAUUCCCCGUGCAUUGUAACAUUGAACUGGCCGCUAAGGAGAGCGUUGAUGGGUUUGACUGUGGUCACUAUCCUGGCCGCCAUUGGGAUAAGUGCGUUUAUUUUGUACUUCCGUGAAUUGAAGGUUGUGAAGACGGCUAGUCCCCAUUUUCUUGUCAUUAUAUUAGCAGGAUGUAUGUUGUCGUAUAGCGAGAUUCUUGUGCUGUAUCCUGAAUCGCAGAAUACUUUAUGUAUCGUUCGUCUUUGGUUUCGCCACAUUGGAUUUGGACUUGGUUUCACCUCAUUGCUCCUCAAAACUUGGAGAAUUUCCGUGAUAUUUCGUGUUAAAUCUGCACAGAAGAUAAAGCUCACUGAUCGCCAUCUUCUCCAGCGCCUCGCUCCCAUUCUGGCGUUGUACGUGGUUUAUCUGCUGGCCUGGUCACUAGCCGGCCCGAGUCACGUGGUAGAAAUGAAGAUGCCAGGGGAUCUUAAGUUCCAUGAGUGCUCCUUUGACUGGUGGGACCAUGCCAUUUUGAUAUUUGAAAUACUCUUCUUGUUCUGGGGAAUCCACCUGUGCUAUAACGUCAGGAAAGCGCCAUCCGCCUUCAACGAGAGCAAGUUUAUCAGUUGGUCAAUUUACAAUUUGACUGUGGUCACUUUCUUCCUCAAAAUUACGAGGCUUUUCAUUGGGGACCUGGCGGGACCUGAUAUGAUUUACCUGCUGGAGUUCUUCAGAGUUCAGCUUGCUGUGUCCGUUUUGGUUGGGCUCGUAUUUGUUCCCAAGAUUAUUCGUGUGAUUAAGGGACGCGGAGACGUAUUUGAUACUAGUGGUAGGAUUGCGUCUAUAAAAGGGGCUGCCCUCAAUAUGGCAACUGGACAGUCCUCUGAAGGGACGGUGAACUUGAGCCAAGAAAAUGAAGAUCUUAAGGUAAGUGUUUAUUUAAGUCAUCUUUCCAAAUUAUUGUGAGCUCACAAGGUAUAAAUAGAGGUAAAAACCAUUUCCAUGGUCUAUUCCACACCCCCCCCCUCCAAGCAUCAUGAACAGCAUCGCUAAAAUGACUGAUAAAAAGUUUCCAGUCUAUUAACCUUCUACAGGGUUGCAAAGGUGAUGGGAAAUCUAGGUCACGGAAAUUGGGGGUUCGUCGCUAACAAAACUUUCAGAAUAACUUAAGCGCUUUUUUUAGGGGACUGAAAACCAGAAGUGCUCUGAUAGAAUAAUCUGCUCUCACAUUUUACAACUAACUCCUUAAUCGUGGGUUAUGGAAAACAUCUAGGUCUUCCAAACGGUUACUGAGGUCAAAAGAGUGUGAAGCUUGCAUUAGUAAGAUCGUAACUAUGCUAAAAAAUUUACAGUCUAAAUUUACAAUGUUGCGAAACCUCGAGGAAUUCUAGAAGAUCUUAUGUU